AUGUCAAUAACUCUGCCCCCCGUGCCCACGCAGGCUUUUAAUUUGAACUGCUCCCAAGUGAAUCCUACCAAGCCGGGGCUCGAGCCCGAGCAAAAGAAAGGUGACUUUCUAUCGCACUCGCUGAACAACGCGGAUGCUCAUCCUGAUUACACUAUCGUAGUCGAAUUUCGGAUUCCUUUGAAUAGCAUGGAGACCAAUAAAUGUACCACAUAUGUGGGCCGUUCAUACUCCGAAUCAGAUCUGAGUCCCCUGGACAUGUUGGACUCCAUGAGGGCCACCAUGGACGUCCCAAAGACGUACGAAAACUUGGGCUGGCGCUUGUCUACAGCCCGCCGCAUGGACCCACCCCACCGGCUUUUGAACUCGCAAGAUAUCAGUAGCACUUUCAGAGCUGCACGGGAGCAGAUGUCCGGGCGGAAAAAGAAGAAUGUUGCUAUUGAAAUCGUCAAUACCAAGCCUGUGGUUAAGGGAAAGUCAGCAGAACAGCAGGAAAGUAUUAUGCCACGGCGUCCUGCAGGGGAUCAGAAGAUAGAAUCUGAACCAUUACUUCUGCACUAUAUGCAAGAGUUACAGAUUGUCCGGAGCAAAUUACGUUGCUCCGAACAUCAACUAGGAGAGGACGCCGCAUUCUGCUGGGUAGAUACGUCACAGCCAGACACGAGUCCACACUAUCCAUUGUGCACCCGAGACCUGCAGGAAUGGGCGAAAUAUCUGCAUGAAACUUGUGAUCCAGACAAUGCCAUAUAUGUUACACUACCUAGCACACCUCAUUUUGACGAGUUUCGGAAGACACGGAAGGAACGAACUACGUCGUCACUUCAGCGCGUGCCUACCGAGAUUAUGCCACCCGUCAUCCAUAAUCACGUUCAUAUCUCACCUGCUAUCAGCGACAUGUUGGCUUCUAGUAACGGCGCACCUUUCGGGCAACAAAACCAAGACCCUAAACCACUCAAACGGACGUAUGCACUCUACAUGGAGAGUGACGAAGAAUCGGAUGAUGACUGGCAACCACCGCAAGGUAUUCACGACGUCCUUGCAAUCAUCCACGCUCGCUACCCUGCUAUGGAGUUCCCGCAGUAUAUGGAUAAGCUGAAGGAUCAUGGCAUACUUUAUCUGGUGGCAGCAGCACAUUUUAGUAUUCAAUUCUACGAGGAGAAGAUCGGGAUGUCUGAGGGUGCUGCUUACAUAUUUCACACCAGUGUUUGCAAGGCUUUUAUGAAGGAGGGACGCGCGAAGAUGAGAAGGAAGGCGAAGGGGAAAGGGAAAGGGAAGGUACGAGUGCAGGCUGCCGACGAAGAUGAAGAAAACAUUCAUACUCCAGGGUAA